GUAACCUGGUCCAACACUGUCACACUCCAAGUAACUUGUACGUGUACAUCGAGCAGCUUCACUGAUAAAAACUCGACCAAAAUCUGCCCAAAAACACGGCAUUUUAAAACUAUUCUAACACAUUAUGAUGUCCCAGGAAGAGAUUCUUCCUUGGUCGGAGCCAGAUACGAAUUUUUUCGUGGAUAACUUACUUGGAAUUGAAGAUUGGGGAGACGGUCUUUCGGAUAUAAAACUAGAACAGAAUGGUGGUAUACUGGGUGAUAAAGACCAAGACAUGGAAGUCAAUACAGAUGAUUUGAGUGAGCUUCUUCAGAAUAUUGGUGAUGAUAUGUGGGCAAUAUCAGAAGACACAGUUAAAUCUUUAGGAACACAGAUCAAACAAGAGCCACCACCAUCACCGUCAUCAUCUACAUCAUCUCUGAUAUCACUAGACUCUUCUCUUCCAAGUUCUCCUGAAUCUCAGUUAUUAAUGAAUGGGCAGUAUUCUCCACCUCAUCAACCCAGUACGACAGACCAAGUAGUUUACCUAAAAACCUUACCAAUCAAGACAGAACUAAACAUAUCCCCAACCCCCUCGUGCAUCAGAACAGAAGCAAGCCUUAACCUAUCCCCCAGUGUCAAGAUGGUACAAACAAACAUCAAGACAGAAUCCAAACCAACACCAUCUUGUUCUGUGAAAAAAGAACCAAUCACUGUCCAGCCUAGUCUUGUUAAACCUUUACAGUCAAUUCCUGUUGGUCAUGUACAGAAGAUUACAUUGCAGAAUGGACAAAUACCAAAAAUCCUCUCACAAGGAACAGCAACCACCUCUAGUUCAGGGAAUAUUACAUACAUCCCAGUAUCAGGGAGCAUUCCAGCCACUGCAAUCGUUGUGAACGAACAAGGAGCAACAGCCCAGAAGCCAAUCAUAACAGCUGUAGCAAAUGGCGCAUCACCAGUGAAAUCACCACAAAAUGGUGUUAUAAAUGAAAAGCUGUUCAAAAGGCAACAAAGAAUGAUAAAGAACAGAGAAUCGGCUUGCUUAUCAAGAAAGAAAAAGAAAGAGUAUUUGCAAUCACUAGAAAACCAAGUGAAAGAAGUGUCUAAGUUAAAUGAUAUGUUAAAUGAAGAAAACACUAAACUCAGAAAGAAAGUUCAAGAAUUAGAAAAAGAGAAUAUUUUGUUAAAGUCCAGCCAUCCUAACUGGUCGUCAACUGCCAAAAAAUCAACUUGUGUGUUAGCUAUAGUUCUUCUUGUUGCCCUGAACGUAGGACCUUUCAGUUCUUUAAGAGAUUCUUGGAAGUUCAGUUCCCCUGAUCUCUUAACUGGCUCAGUACAUUAUGGCCGGGCCUUACUCCAGUAUGAAGGAGACAAUAAAGACAGCACUAAUAGUAACAAACCUCUAGUAUAUGGCCCUCUGAGGAAACAACACACCAGACAUACCCCAGAUACUCUAAGUGGAUAUCCAAAAGACAAUGUAAUCAACAUGAAUGCCGAGAGAAAAGAUUUAAUUGUUGUGAAGAAUAAAUGGGAUUUCCUGGGAGACAUGAACAAGAAGAAAGCCAUCCUGGCUAAGAAAGAAAGAAGAAUGAGAAACACCAUGAAACGACUGAAUAAACAGAGACAUACCAAAGUAAUAGAGAAUACUAUAUGCCCAAGUUUGAAGGUUAAUGCUACCGAGUCAUUAAGAAUAAACGAAGCACUUGGGGACUGGAUUCACAGAUAUGAAGUCGAGAAAUUAUCACAAACGCAAAAGAAGACAGUUCACUUUAAUAAAUUUAAAUCAAAAGUCAAGGAGCUUGCCUUACGAUUGGCUCCCAAUUGUACCGAAGCUCAAGCAAGAAGAAGAGUUAAUAGGCAUAUGUUUACUCGUCAGCAUAAUGCACACUCUUCUGAUGCUAGUACCAGCAAAAAUGCAGUGCAACUAUUCCGAGGUCCUGAUUGGUUGAAAUUAUUUUCAAAAGCUAUCAAUAGGCAAGAGGAUACUAUGUAUAUCGUGUCGUUUAGAAAGGAUCACUUAGUCUUUCCUGCUACAAAGAGUAACACCACUGAAAGACCUAAGAUGUCUUUAAUGAUGAUGGCUCCACCCAAUGGAACAACAGUCAACGUAACGAAAGAUCAAGACUUCAUCUCCAUGAUCCAGAUCGACUGUCAGGUCAUGGACACUAAACACAUUAAAAUCAAGAAAUCGAGUCUUCCAAUACCCUUCACAGAUGGUUCAUACCUAUACAAACCCUCCCCCCAGGGGUACACUCAGCCUCCCCCAGCAAGUCCCCCCUCCCUCCCCACCCGCAAUGCUAAGUGAAAUCUCCUUUCUGCAUAAAUCAUAAUUUAAUAUCCAACAUGCAUGUACAUUUUCUAAUAAUAUUAGUUUAAAAAACCAUAUAUAAGCAUUGAAAUACCCAGUUAAAAUGGGAAUAUGUUACAGUUUUCUAACAGAAAAGCACAUAAUUAGAUUUAUAACUAAGUAACUCUAGGUAGGUUUUGUUAUGCACCAGAUAUUUAUAGUCGCGCGAAGUUAGAAGGCCAGUCGUUUUGGUCUUUUUUGCAGAAAAAAACCCGCCAGAAUCGAGUUAUCUGGUUGCAUUGACAUAAAAAUGCCGCGCAACUAGAAUAUUUUCUAUCGAGCUUAGUUUUUGAAAAGCCCUAUAAUAGGAGGUAUUAGAAAUGGUAGGCAAUGGAACUCGGAUUUUUUUUUGGCGAGAAAAAAAUAGCUUGAUAAAACUAAAUUUACAUCUCAAAGGUAGACAAUAUUGACGAGAAUUUUUAAUUCAAAAAAAGUCAAACUUCCUGGAUAUUGGGAAUGUUUAUGUAUUAAUACUUUCCCUGCCUUAGCUUGCCUUGCUAUGUUCGUCGAUUUAACGAAUGAUUUUUAUAUAUUUCUUUUGUUAUAUUAACCAACAGGGCGGGCAAUGUUCCUCAGUAUUUCUGGUCUGUGAAGCAAAGUUGUUUAAUCUAAUUCCCUUCAAAACACACAUUUCACUUUAUAUUUAUAUAACAUGGAUCUCGUAUAGAUUAUCAUAGUGUAAAAAGACAAUUUUAUAACACAAG